AUGACUUUAGCUCCCAAAAAUAGCGGUGUUUGGUAUGCAUGCACUACAUCUACGAUUACAUAUAUAGUCCUUAAUCCAAAUAAUGUAGACUAUUAUAUGACGUUGGUAUAUAAUUUCGGAGGCACCGAAGUUGCUCGUCGUAAUGUUGAUGAAUCUACUAGCUUACCCCCAAAAGGCAUUUACGCACGUGAUUUUCAUCGACGUAGUGACUUUAAGAACAAUCCUUCAAUUGAUUUAACUAAUAUGUUUCCAAGUGCUUAG